AUGCUUCCUCAAUGGCACUAUGCCUCACGCGGUGCUCCCAGUGGGAGCUUGUCCAAAGCCCAGCGACUUGAUGCCCACUCUCCAUCCUCUGGUCCCGCCAAAGACGAUACCAAUGCGACCUACACGCCGCGGCUCACCAACGACGACCUGUCUGCAAUCCGCUCGAGGUAUCUCGAUGUCGACCACAAGAAGCGCGAAAUUCGCAAGAUGAUCGACCGCAAGUUUUUGUUCGACCGAUCUGCGCCAGGAGACGCUGUAGUGGAUGCUAUCCCUUCAUGCCUGCUGCUGCUGCCGACGGUCAAAUGGGCGGCUCUCUCAUGUUUGGGCGCGGUCAUGUUGCUGGUAUGA